UUCCUCCAUUAAUCUCUCCCUUUUCUCUCUUGCUUUCUCUCCCCUGCUUUUUGCUCUCUGAUCAGCACAUAUUAACCAUCUACUACUACUCUUUUUCUCAUUUGAGUGGAUUUAAAGAACAAAGUUGUCAACUUUUUCCUUCCAACUUCAGCUUUAGUAUCACUUUCUGUUACCUUGUUCGUUCCAAGAAAACAUCACAUUCACACAGUUUAUGCCUUAUAUUCUUCCUUAACUGAAGUACUAAUAAUAAGUAACAAACUGCUGGAUUGUCUUUGUUUGGGAUUCUUGAUAUGGAGAGGGAGAAUCUUCAAAUGCCUUAUGGGAGUGGAAUUGGAGGAUUUCACAGCAAUGAGCUGAAUUGCAGCAGCUCAGAAGUGCAGUUUCAGAAUUGCUUUUUUAAUCCCAGUUGGGACAAUUCAUUGGAUCAGAAUGAUCCCUUUGAGUCUGCAUUGAGCUCAAUGGUGUCGUCUCCAGCUGCGUCGAAUGCUGCCGGAGGAGGAGGAGGAGGAGGAGGAGGAGGAGGAGUUCCUGGCAGUAGUAAUGGAGGCGAGAAUGUUGUGCUGAGAGAACUAAUUGGUCGAUUAGGCAGCAUCUGCAACUCUGGUGAAAUUUCACCUCAGUCUUAUAUGGGAGGUGGAAAUAAUAGUACUAAUACUUCUUGCUAUAGUACUCCUCUGAAUUCCCCUCCUAAGCUCAAUCUGUCAAUGAUGGAUCACCAGAUCAGAGGGAACUUGCCAAUUCCUGGCCACCAUUUGCCUUCUCAUUCAAGUUUUACACCAUUUCCAACGGAUCCCGGAUUUGCUGAGAGGGCUGCAAGAUUCUCUUGUUUUGCCAACAAGAGUUUAGGUGGCCUAAAUAGCCAAAUUGGACCACUGCAUGAUUCUGAAUUGCAAAACAGAUUGGUACAGAAGUUGGAUUCUGGAAAGCUUUCCAGAGUUUCAAGUAAUCAGUCCCUCAAGGUUAAUUCUGGAUCUCAAUUGGAUGUUCAGGACAGCAAAGAUGGCUCUUUGCAGGAUGGUAUCUCAGCUUCUGAUAGGAAAUUCAGUAAAUUGUCAGGGUCUUCGACACCUGAAAACACAGAAUUUGGUGAUUCCAGGGAGAAUUCUUCAGUCUCUGAGCAGAUCACAACUGGGGAAACUGGCAACAAUGGCCAAAAUGAUGCCAAUUCCAGGAAGAGGAAGUCAAUUGCUAGGGGGAAAGCAAAAGAACCACCCUCUUCCUCCAACUCUGCCAAAGAUGCCAAUGGUGCAUCUGAUAGUAAUGAAUCAAAUGCAAAAAGAAGCAAGUCAGGUGAAGAAAAUGCGGAUGAAAAAGAUGCCACACAAGCCAUGGCAGACACAAAUGGCACUGACAAAGCUGCAGGGGAUGGAAAUCAGAAACAAAACAAGGAGAAUUCUAAGCCACCAGAGGCCCCUAAGGACUAUAUUCAUGUUAGAGCCAGGAGGGGCCAGGCUACUGAUGCACAUAGCCUAGCUGAAAGAGUUAGAAGAGAGAAAAUCAGUGAAAGAAUGAAGCUCUUACAAGAUCUUGUGCCUGGUUGCAAUAAGGUGACUGGAAAAGCUGUUAUGCUUGAUGAGAUCAUAAACUAUGUCCAAUCUCUGCAACGCCAAGUUGAGUUUCUUUCAAUGAAAUUAGCAACAAUCAAUCCAAGAAUGGAAUUUAAUGCAGAAGCACUUGUAUCCAAGGAUGUCCUACAUUCUCGUGGAUCUUUACCUCAUAACAUGUAUUCAUCAGAGGCCUCAGCAGCAGGAUUCCCUUAUCCAAUGCAAUCUCAAAAUGGGACAAAUUUGCCAAGUGCAGCCAUUCCUAAUGGCCAAGAUGUUCCCUUCUCAAUGAACCAUCUGAGUGCUGCUAUCAGUCGAAAUCAAGGCAUUCAUUUGCCACCUUUGGAUAAUUUUGGUGAAGCAGCUUCUCAGAUUCCAUCUUUCUGGGAGGAUGAUCUCCAUACUGUUGUCCAGAUGGGUUUUGGCCAAAAUCAGACACAGAAUUUUCAUGGUAUAAUGCCCACAGCUCAAAUGAAGGUUGAGCUAUGAAAGAUAUUUAUCAGCAUUACUGAUUUCAAUUGAAGCCCCGAGUGAGAGAGGCUUCUGUACAUAGGCAUAUGUGGCAGUUCAAACAAAUUGGAUCCAAUUGAAGAGAAAAUCAAUUUUUCUCCUCCAUUCUGAUUUUGUACCUGGCUAUUUAUUUCAGCAGAUAUAUUUUUUUGGAGAAUAUUUACAUUCCCUUGUAAAAUUCAAGAACUAAUUGCACUGUAGUGUCCAGUGUAACAUGCUGUAGCAUGGUGAGAAUUGUGUUGAAGGGCUGAUAAGAGGGGAGCUAGAUUAUGUAUCCUAUUAUUGCAACCUUUUUUUUACAUGUUCUCUUACCAUUCAGAAUUUAAUGACUAAUUUAUUUAUUGAAAAACCUUAUUAUUGUAA